CCUCAAGAAGCCCCUCAGUUAUUUCCGGAGCAACUGCGACCACGCAGCGCUAUCAACGGUUCAACUUGGAGAACGACCCCGCUCCCUUUAAGCGGGUUCAUUUCCGCGUAAACGAAAGAGCGAAACGUCAUCACGUACGCGCCCCGCCUACCUUUUUCCCAACCGAGCGGAACUGGAAGGCUGGUCGAGAGCGCGCGCGUGUCUCCCUUGUAGUGACUGGCCGUCUCGGAUGUUUUCUGAUGUAGUCUGAAGAGCAGCUAUGGAAAAAUGGAGCUUAAUGGCAAUUGCAGCUUUAUUAGGACUUACUAUUCGUUGGACUGUGUCGCUUGGUUCCUAUUCAGGUGCAGGAAAACCACCUUUGUAUGGUGACUAUGAAGCUCAAAGACACUGGCAAGAAGUUACCUACAAUCUUCCAGUCAAACAGUGGUAUUUCAACACAAGUGACAAUAAUUUACAGUACUGGGGUCUUGACUACCCACCCCUUACUGCUUAUCACAGUCUUUUGUGUGCUUAUGUGGCAAAGUUAAUAAAUCCAAGCUGGAUUGCUCUGCACACUUCUCGUGGGCAUGAGAGUCAACCACACAAGUUAUUCAUGCGAGCAACAGUUCUUGUUGCUGAUUUGCUAAUCUACAUACCUGCAGUAAUCUUGUACUGUUGCUAUUUAAGGGAAACCUCAACCAAGAAGAAGAUUGCUACUGCUCUCUGCAUACUGCUGUAUCCAGGCCUCAUUCUUAUUGAUUAUGGACAUUUUCAAUAUAAUUCUGUGAGCCUCGGCUUUGCUUUGUGGGGAGUGCUUUGCCUGUCCUGUGAUUUGAAUCUUUUGGGCUCAGUAGCAUUUUGUUUAGCCAUAAACUAUAAACAAAUGGAGCUCUAUCAUUCUUUGCCCUUCUUCUGCUAUCUUCUGGGAAAGUGUUUCAAGAAAGGCUUGAUGGGAAAGGGAUUACUGUUGUUAAUUAAACUGGGUUCUAUCGUCGUUGUUUCCUUUGCUGUCUGCUGGCUUCCAUUUUGUUCAGAAGUGGAGCAAAUCUUACAAGUACUUAGAAGGCUCUUUCCAGUUGAUCGAGGUUUGUUUGAGGAUAAAGUAGCCAAUAUUUGGUGUACCUUAAGUGUCCUUAUCAAAAUUAAGACAGUUCUGUCAUCACAAACACAGUUUAAACUGAGCUUUGCUUUAACAUUUCUGAGUCUACUUCCCUGUUGUAUAAAACUAACCCUUCAGCCUUCUCUAAAAGGAUUUAAAUAUGCUUUGGUUAGCUGUGCAUUGUCCUUCUUUCUGUUCUCAUUCCAAGUGCAUGAAAAAUCUAUUCUUCUAGUUUCAAUACCAGUCUGCUUAGUUAUAAAUGAAAUUCCUUUUAUGUCAACAUGGUUUCUGCUUGUUUCAACAUUUAGUAUGCUCCCUCUCCUUCUGAAGGAUGGCCUGCUCCUUUCUUAUAUUGUGACCACACUGGCCUUUUUUACUGUGUGUAUAGCUUCUUUUUCAAUAUUUGAAAAAACUUCCGAAGAUGAUUUGCAGCUGAAAACAUUUUCCAGUUCUCUCAGGAGAUACAUUCCUUGGUUUAGGACAUUUCCAAAUCUUAUGAAGAGUGCAUUCCUUGUCUCAAUAACUCUGAUGGGCAUCCUGACUUUAAUGAGUGCUACACUGGAUCCUCCAAAAAAGCUACCAGAUUUAUUUCCACUAGCUGUCUCAGCUGUAUCCUGCUUGCACUUUCUAUUCUUCUUGUUGUAUUUUAAUGUCAUUACCAUAUGGGAACUGAGAGAUAGCCGAAAUCAGAAAAAAUCCAAUUAGUUCCAAAUGCCAACUCACAAACAUUAAAGAUUAAAAGUUGUCAAGAAACA